GUCGCGUUGAAUCGUCGACCAGCUGGUCAGCAGCAGGACGCGCCCCUCCGCUCAAUGGACGGUGCCGUGCGUAAAGCUCAAUUCAUGUCCUAGACAAACUUUUCAUAUUUUUCUCUGUUUGAACUUUGCUUUCAAUAAAAUAUUGCUUGCUCGCUUACAUCCAAACUAAUGCCGUGAUGACACGUGAAGAAGAUCUCGUCUGCAUCGCAAAAAAACUGGACAGAAUGGUGUCUAGAAAUAACACGGAGGGGGCCUUGGACGUUCUGAAGGAGCUGAAUGAUUUCAAUAUGACUGUAAAACUUCUUCAGGAUACCAGGAUUGGCAUGUCUGUGAACAACAUCAGGAAACAUUGCUCUGAUGCAGAGGUCAUCGCCUUAGCAAAGUUUCUAAUUAAAGACUGGAAAAGGCUUUUAGAACCUGCCGAGCCUAAGAAAGAGAAACUUGAUGACAAGAACGGUGUGGGCCCCAGUAAGAGAGCGGUUUCUCCCAACCUCUUUGAGACAGACAGCAGCCCAAGGAGAGAGGAUGUGGGGGGGCCACGGGAGUCCUUGCCUGACAAGAAUGACUCAGAUAAACACAAAGAAGAGCAACGGCAUCAAGACGAAGACCUCCAUGACCACAGCAAGACAAGCGGGGAAGCGAAGAGGGAAAAACGCGCAAGCGAACCCGUUAACAAAACUCACCCGGGCGGGAAGGAAGCAAACGGAGACCGCCAGCGGGAAACCAACAGGAUGGACGGAUCCACGUCACCCAGAGACGUUGCUCCUCCUGCCCCCGAUAGAAGAGCGGACCGCGGUGGAGAGGGACGUCCCCCAGACCCCCGGGAGGGGGAGGGCCGCCAGCAGUCCCCCCAACGGGGGAAACACCGAGACGAAGACACAGAGAAGAUGAGGAAGAAGAGGAGACGAGCGGUGGAGCUGGAGAAGAGGGAGGACCCCGAAAAGUUCCGGUCCCACGACAAGACCAGAGAGAAGAGAUUCACUGAGAACGCGGGGACUGAGAGGCACGCCGGAGACCGUAGGCUAGAGAGAUGGACGCACGGGCCUCCGGGAGAGAGACACCGCAACGAGCCAAGGAGAGAGAGGCGGUUGCCAGAGCAACGACCACUGUUUGAAAGGCGAGGAGUGAUGGACAGCAGCAUCCUCUAUCCGACCCGUUGCCCUUCUCCUCCUCCCCUCAUUCGCCGCCGGCGCCCCGUUCGCCCCCCUCGGCCCCUACCGACCCCCCUGCCGGCCAAGUGUCCUUCUGUUGAAGUCAAGAAGGACAGGAAGAGGAAGAGCAGCAAAGAGUCGGCCCCUCGUCCCCUUCGCCCCCCGCAGUCCGCCCCCCCGCGCCGCGCCUCCCCAGUGAGGCGGCUCUCGCUGGAGGUCAAGAAGGAGAGGCAAGUCCCACCGGAUCCCAACGCUCCGAUCGCCCCCCUCCCCUUCCAUCUCCAUCCGCCUCCGACAAGAAGAGAACCGCCAGACCCCAACGCCCCGUUUGCUCCUCUACCUUUCCACCUGCACCCCCCUCCCCCUGCCAAGCAUCCCACUGCGGACGGGAAGAAGCCGGUGGCAGAGAUCAAGAAGGAGCCCUCAGACUGCCAGCCUCCCUCGCUGAAGAACUCCCCUGAGCCGCUAAAGAAAGACAGGAAAGACUCAUCGGAGGGCAAAGGGGCCGAAAAACAUUCACUGGAAGUCAAAAAAGAAAGGAAACAUUCAAGUGAUCUUAAACCACCUCUGCAGAAAAAGCCCAAGUUGGAUGUGACGAAAGAGAAGCACAGGAAGGACUCUUCUGACUCAAAGCCAGGACUUCCUGUUAAACUGCUUCCAAUGGAUUUCAAAUCUGACAGGAAGGACUUUUCUGACUCCAAGACCAGUCUUCCUGUCAAAAGACUUUCAAUGGAUUCCAAAGACAGGAAGGACUCUUGUGAUUUAAAGACAGGACUUCCUGUGAAAAGUCUUUCAAUGGAUUCCAAAUCUGAUAGGAAGGUAUCUUCUGACUUCAAUAUGGUACUUCCUGUGAAAAGACUUUCAAUGGAUUCCAAAUCUGACAGGAAGGACUCUUGUGACUCCAAUGCGGGACUUCCUUUGAAAAGACUUUCGAUGGAUUCCAAAUCUGACAGGAAGGACUCUUGUGACUCCAAUGCGGGACUUCCUUUGAAAAGACUUUCGAUGGAUUCCAAAUCUGACAGGAAGGAGGCUUUUGACUCCAAGCCUGGACUUCCUGGGAAAAGACUUUCUUUGGAUUCAAAAAUGGACAGGACUCACCGGAAUGACUUUUCUGACUCCGAGCCAGGACUUCCUGUGAAAAGACAUUCGAUGGAUGCCAAAUCUGACAGGAAAGAGUCCACUGAAUCCAAGAAGGCAAGCCCAUUGCCAGCGAAAAAACUUGGAGGUGAAAGGAGAGAGUCUCACGGCACCAAACCGCUCAACCCUGUUAAGCCCUCGACUGACGACCCUGAGAGCAAACGAGCCAAAGCCAACUUCCCUCAGACCCCCCCCAGCCCCGCCAGCUCCCUGUCCCCUGGCUUCAGCCCCGGCGGGGGGGCUCUGUCCCCUGGCUUCAGCCCCAGUGGAGGGCCGCUAUCCCCUAGCUUCAGCCCACGGGGGGGUCCCCUGUCCCCGCGCCUGGCCACCGGAGACACGGUCCGGGACAAGUGCAUCGAGAUGCUGUCGGCCGCGCUGCGCACAGACAAUGACUUCAUGGAGUUUGGUGCUAACUGUGAGCAGAUGGCCGUGGACAUUGAGGAUCAUAUCUACCAAGAGAUCCGGGCCACCGACAUGAGGUACAAGAACCGGGUCCGGAGCCGCAUCAGCAACCUAAAGGACCCAAAGAACCCGGGCCUGCGCCGGAACGUGCUGGCGGGGUACAUCGAGAUGACCCGCAUAGCCUCAAUGUCUGCUGAGGAAAUGGCGAGCGACGAGUUGAAGCAGCUGAGGAACGUUCUCACCCAGGAGGCCAUCAGAGAGCACCAAAUGGCCAAGACCGGAGGCACCACCACAGACCUCUUGCAGUGCAGCAAGUGCCGGAAGAAGAACUGUAGCUACAACCAGGUGCAGACCCGUAGCGCUGAUGAGCCCAUGACCACCUUUGUGCUGUGCAACGAGUGUGGAAACCGCUGGAAGUUCUGCUGAUGCCUCCCAGACCAAAUGGGAAUCAUGCUGAUAUCGAUGAAAUUAAAUUAUUUUCUAUGACAAUGUAGACAGGGACGAUUUACAAUACUGCAGCUAAAAGUGUGCUCAUAAUUUAUACUAUGUUAUAUUUUUAUGAUUUGUAAGCAUGUAUGUUUUGACUAAAAUAUAAUAAUACUUUUGACUUAAAGACUUUUUGCAUGAUUGAAUCAGAGCAAGCUAGCUGGAAUAAACAGGUCACAUAUUUUUGCUUCGGGAAAGCGUUCAUUAGAAUAUAACUAACUCUAAUAAUAAAUUCAAAAUUGCAACUGUUUAAUUUGUAUAUUUCAAAUCCCAGACUGAUUGCAUACUCUGAAAGUGUUUCUAAACUCCCUAAUUUAAUAAAUAAUCUUGACAAUCAG